AUGGGCUCCAUCGGUGCAGCAAGUGCGGAAUUUUGUUUUGAUGUAUUCAAGGAGCUGAAAGUCCAGCAUGUCAACGAGAACAUCUUUUACUCCCCCCUGACCAUCAUUUCAGCUCUCUCCAUGGUCUACCUUGGCGCAAGAGAAAACACCAGGGCUCAGAUCGAUAAGGUUUUUCACUUUGAUAAAAUCUCGGGAUUUGGAGAGACUACUGAAACUCAGUGCGGCACAUCUGUAAGCGUCCACACUUCACUUAAAGACAUGUUCACUCAAAUCACCAAACCAAGUGACAAUUACUCAGUCGGCUUUGCCAGUAGACUUUACGCUGAAGAGACAUACCCAAUCCUACCGGAAUACUUACAAUGUGUGAAAGAACUCUAUAAAGGAGGCAUGGAAACCAUCAGCUUCCAAACAGCUGCAGAUCAAGCCAGAGAGCUCAUCAAUUCCUGGGUUGAAAGUCAUACAAAUGGAAUGAUCAAAAAUAUCCUUCAACCGGGCUCUGUGGAUCCCCAGACUCAGAUGGUCCUUGUCAAUGCCAUUUACUUCAAAGGAAUGUGGGAGAAAGCAUUUAAGGAUGAAGACACCCAGACAAUGCCUUUCAGAAUGACUGAGCAAGAAAAAAAACCUGUGCAGAUGAUGUAUCAGAUUGGUUCAUUUAAAAUGGCAGUGGUGGCUUCUGAGAAAAUGAAGAUCCUGGAGCUUCCAUAUGCCAGCGGGGAGCUGUGCAUGUUGGUCAUAUUGCCUGAUGAUGUCUCUAGCCUGGAGCAGCUUGAGAAUUCACUCACCUCAGAAAAACUCAUGGAGUGGACCAGUUCUAGUACGAUGGAAGAGAGGAAAAUGAAAGUGUAUCUUCCCCGCAUGAAGAUCGAAGAAAAAUAUAACCUCACAUCUGUCUUAAUGGCCUUGGGUAUGACCGACCUCUUCAGCUCAUCAGCCAAUCUCUCUGGCAUCUCUUCAGCAGAGACCCUGAAGAUUUCUGAAGCAGUGCAUGAAGCAUUUAUAGAAAUCUAUGAAGCAGGCAGUGAGGUGGUAGGCUCAACAGGAGCUGGGACUGAGGUCCCAAGUGUCUUUGAAGAGUUUAGGGUUGACCACCCUUUCCUUUUCUUGAUCAAGCACAACCCAACCAACAGCAUCCUCUUCUUUGGCAGAUGUGUUUCCCCUUAA